ACAAGCGGCCAACAGCUGAUUUAUUAAACCAACUUAUCGCCUGAAUCUGAUUUAUAUCGCUCGAAAGCAUCUAGAGGUGUCUUUUAGUCCAUAUUGGUAACGAAAACGCAAAUUUAGACGCUUUUUAUGCGGUUUAGUAAGUAUUUACAUAUUUUCCGUUUCUACCUGGAACCCGUAACCUUCAUACAGCGUUGGUCCUGCUUAUGGCACUUUUUUUCCCCAAUCUGCUGUUUUAAAGAUGAACUUCAGCACAGCUACCCAUAGUGUCAGUCCUACUGGCAAAGAAAAUAUUCUACCUUUGACCAAAACAGAUGCAUUUCAGCACCAAAGGGCCAAAGAGCGAACAGUAUUCGGUGUCUUGUCAGAGAAUGAGCAGCGUGGUCAAUCCCGCGGCCAGGGAAGCUGGUUUUCCAAACACAGUUCGCUCUCAGACAGCUCACAGCUCAACUUUCUUGGCUGCACAUCCAGUUCCAGCUAUGUGUAUGUGGAAGAGGCUUGUGAAGUUGUCCUUGCAGCUUCUGGGCAAGAAAUCAUCUCGGACAGUUAUAAUCUCGAUGCUGAAGAUGAUGCCCUGCAAAAUGAACAUAUGAGAAUCCUGCUGGAACUAACUUCCAGUUCAUGCCAGGAUGCUUCUAUGCUGUCUGAAGCUGAUGAAUUUUUUUCAAAGGAUAUGCUGUGUUUCGACUAUGCAGACAAUAUCUACCAGAACAUGAGGAACAGUGAAACAAGUUUCAGGGCAAGACCAGGCUACUUAGAGAGACAUCCAGAGAUUUCUAAUGGCAUGCGGGUGAUUCUGGUGGACUGGUUAGCUGAGGUUGUCCAGGAAUACAAGCUCAGUUCUGAAACUCUGCACCUUGCUGUCAACUACAUGGAUCGCUUUCUCUCCCGCACAACAUUUGUGAAACGGGACAAGCUGCAGUUGGUUGGCAUAGCUGCAUUACUGAUUGCUGCAAAAUAUGAGGAGAUCUCUCCACCUGAGCUGAAUGAGUUUGUGUACAUCACAGACAGCACAUACACUAAAAAGCAGCUGGUUCAGAUGGAGCAUGUUUUUUUGAAAUUGCUGGCCUUCAAGAUGGCAGCACCCACCACAAAUGAGUUCCUUCGCUUCUUCAUGUCCAUCCAUCCUGUCUCUGCAAAAGUAGAGAGUCUUGCACUGUAUAUAGCAGAGUUAAGUUUGCUGGAAAUCAAUCCAUUCCUUCAGUACAGCCCAUCAAUAGUGGCAGCUGGAGCCUACAGCCUGGCUAACUAUACUAUAAACAAAUCUCUCUGGCCACAAUCCUUAACAGUUUUUACUGGGUAUUCCAUGGAUAAAAUGAUGCCCUGCAUGACUAAUCUCCACAAGCUGUUCAUCAGUGCAGAGAGCCGCCCACAACAAACCAUCAGAGACAAAUACAAAAGUUCAAAGUAUUGUCGUGUUUCAUGGAUCACACCACCUGCUGCUUUGCCUCCACUAUGAAUCACUACUCCAUCCCUCUGAUCCUUCUACCAGAGCACAGUUACAGAAUACCAAAAAGAAAACAUACACAGCAGUUGCAUUCAUGCCAAAAAAAUGUUAUUUUUUUCUUAAAAUGUCAUCUAGUUUAUAUACAAUCAAAUGAGAAUUAAUAGACUUAAAAUAUUCUCCAUGAAAUAAAGAAAUAAAAGUUCUUAUUCAAUAAAUUGUGUAGCAAAAACAUGAAAAGAUAAUAAAACGUCUGAGCCAUGAUAUUGCCACAUUACUGGAUGAUCUUUCUAGUUGCAUAAGCAAUGCACUCUUACAAAUCAACACUUAAUUCCAGAUUAGACUAACACAGAAACACCCCUCUUAAAAGGGACAAUUGAAAGAUUAAACAUUUGCACCAUAAGGGUAAAAUGUCCAACAGAAGUUUUAUUGAUUGUACAACCCAUUUAUGUAACUCAGAGAUAUUCUGGUUCCUGACAAUCAGAAUUUUUCAUAGAUGGGCUGCAGGCUUACUUGUUCUUCAUAUAAUCUCAAGGUCCAGAAUGGGAAGCAGCAACGUUCACUUUCAGGCUCCUCUGUGGAACCAGCUGUCUUUCUUUAAGACAGCUUCUCUGUGUUUAAGACUAGGCUUUAAACUUACCUCUAUGCGCGUGGGAUAAUGAAUGUAAUCAAUUUUAUUUCUUUUUUUAAUUUGAUUUAUUAGGCAAUUUGAUUUUCAGUUUGCUUGCAAAAGUGCAAUAUGAAUAAAGAUUGAUUCAUUGAUUGUUGAUGGUGUUAGUUUGAAAAUAUGGUUAAACUACUAUGUAUGUUACAGUUUUUAGAUUUAGAACUGAUUCAGAUCAUGAAAUGUUUAUGUUGCUAAAAAGUCAAUCUUUUAUUUACUGAAAAAAGGAACAAAGUUAACUUGUAUUUUCCACCAACAUAAUCCAUGAUCUUGUAAUCUUUGUUUACAUAUUUGCAGAAGAACGUUUUAACCAAUGAGUGAAAGCUGUUAAACUGUCAGACAAAUGAUGCAGAGUAAAAGGUAUUUUUAAAGCAUGUCAUCUGUAUUUAUUUAUCAACUUUUUAAAAAUA